AUGGAACUAACCUGCUUAUGCUGUUUAGCAGAAACAACCGUAACGUUUAAAAUUUCAACUAGAUGCGAUUUUCGAGUGGAUGAAUGUUAUGACAAUAAUCAAUCAACCAGCAUGAUACAGCUGGGCGAACUUUACUCGCAACUCAUACAGCUUCCGCCUCCACCAGAGAAGCUGUGCGCAAAAAUCCAACAAAUUUGCGGCGAAAUUUGUUCUCGAUGCGUAGUUAUGCUAAAGGAUUUUUAUCGAUUUCGGACGAGAGCAAUAAAGGCAUACGAAGAAUUGCAGACGAAAGCGAAUAUUGCUAAAAUUAUCAACAGUCUAGAGCAAAGUUGUGUUGAAAGUGUGGAAGCUGAACAAAUAGACGAAGAUUUGGAAAAUCAUAACCUAAACAUUCCAAUUGACCAAUUUCAAAACACUACUGGUAGUACUUGUAGCAAUUGCGAAAAAAAGUUGAAGGAUCACAAACGGAUUACAAUGCACAAAAAAAUGCAUUCCAACGACAAAAAGCAUAGAUGCAGACAGUGUGAAAUAGAAUUCACAACUGAAACAUCUUGUUAUAAACAUCAGCUAAGAAUCCAUGGCAAGGUUUGGUGCCGUAAUAAAAGUCAAACGAUAGCAACGAAUACUAAAAAUACGAAGCUUGAUAAACAAGGCAAAACUGAAGUAUUACACGUAACAAAAAACAUUAAAGCAGAACCAGCACAGCUUAUACGGAGGGCAAGAUUUUGCUGCGACAUUUGUUUAAAAACUUUCACUAGAACAUCUUCAUUGAACCAUCAUAAGCAGGUGUUGCAUGCUGGAGUACGGCAGCACGUUUGUCACAUAUGCGACCGUACGUUUGGAAAAGGAGACUCGCUAAAUACUCAUCUGGCGCUGCACGUUGGAAAAAAAUAUCGAUGUAAGCUUUGCAAUAAAUCAUUUGCCAAAAGUAGCUUCUUGCGAAAACACCUUGAGGAGCACGAGCUGCCUGGUAGCAAACGAAAAUACACAUGUGUAGUUUGUUCGAAAAGAUUCGCUACUAUCAGUCAUUUAAAAGAUCACGAGUUGAUUCACAGUAACAAAAAACCUCAUAAAUGCAAUCACUGUGAAAAAAGCUUCCGUCAAAAGCAACAACUAAAAGCUCAUGUGAACAAACAUCAUCCAGGGCGAGAGCAAAUAUCCAUCAGCAAAUUCGGCCUCGCAAAGGUCGCAGAUGCUAGCACUGUAUCACAACCUGAUUUUGGGGACAAUACUGUGAACGAAGAAAUAUUGAACGAAAUUUGCCAUCAAAUCAAUUCAAAUCCAAUAAUAUUGGAAAACAUAGAUGCUGGUGGUGUAAACUUAAUCUGCAAUGAGCAGAACAUAUUCUUAAACGAAUAA